CAGAUGUGAGUCCCAGACAAUAGGGCCUGUGUUUGUUCUUCCCCGGGAAGUUUGAGAAGGGCAGAAAAGGGGCGAGAAGAAGAAGAAAAGGGGAGGUCGUCAGCAGAGGGGAUUACGCAUUGUGAGAACCACACGCAUUCGCUUCUGCUAUUGUGGUGACUGAAUUGCUUUCCAGUACCAGGGUAUUUAGUCAAGCAGAUUGUGUUUCUUUACAACCCGUGAUGAUCUCUCUUGACAGCGGUUGGUGACAAGUGGCUUGGGGGACAGCAGAAUCACACAAACAGAGACAUGAUCAUGCAUACAAACCACAUCAUAACAACACGGGAUACAGCACUGCCGGGAUCAUGAAUUACUGUGCUGUUGAAUGAAGAAUUGGUCGCACUGGACCAGUGAUACCUCUGUCUUCUGUCCACUAACCAUGGGAAGUGCAGAGGAAAUGCACGGAUGGACAGUAAAAAUGAGCAUGCAGAGUGUUUUGGCCAUGGUGACGGUCUUUUCCAUGAUUCCUGGCGGGGUGCUAUGCGAUAUGAGAGGUACUCAGGGUCUGGAAGCCCAACAAUUGGCCCAGGGGUCCACUCAUCUGCACCGUCGCCUGAAGAGAGGCUGGAUCUGGAAACAGCUGUUUGUCCCGGAGGAAGAUCCCACUCCUCGCGUUAUUGGCCAGCUCAAAUCUGACUCUGACAGAGGCGAGUUUUCUAUCAAGUACAUAUUAUCAGGAGAAGGCGCCGGUGAUGUGUUUGAGAUAGAUGAGUAUUCUGGUGAGAUCCGGACACUGAGGAAGCUUGACCGUGAGGAAAAGGCCUUCUACGUCCUUCAAGCCCAGGCUAUCAACAGGAGGUCCAAUGAACCAGAGGAACCCCAGUCAGAGUUCAUCAUCAAGGUGCAGGACAUCAAUGACAAUGUCCCCCAGUUCCAGAACGAACCGUAUGUGUCCAGCAUCCCUGAGAUGUGUCCAAUCGGGACCACAGUGGCCCAGGUGACAGCCACAGAUGCUGAUGAUCCCAUGUUUGGAAACAACGCCAAGCUCAUCUACUCCAUCCUGCAGGGGGAGCCCUACUUCUCUGUGGAGCCAAAGACGGGGAUUAUUGUAACAUCUUGGCCAAACAUGGAUCGUGAGGCCAGAGAGCAGUACCUGGUGGUGGUGCAGGUGAAGGAUAUGCUGGGCCUCAGCGGCGGUUACUCCUCCUCCACCACAGUCACCGUCAGCCUGACUGAUGUCAACGACAAUGGACCCACGUUCCAGCACCACCUGUACGCCUUUGCCGUCCCUGAAAAUGCAGCCGUGGGCACCACAGUGGGCAGGAUUAUGGCAGAGGAUGGAGACACUGGCAUCAAUGCCAGAAUGACCUACAGUCUGGAGGAUGACCUGGAGGAAAGCUCCACUUUUAUCAUCAAAACAGACCCAGUUACACAGGCAGGAGUGGUUCUGCUAGCCAAGCCUUUGGACUAUGAAACUAAAAGACGUUUUGUUAUGGUCGCCGAGGCAGUCAAUGAUCAUGUGGACACUCGUUUUCUGACUUUGGAGGAGUUCAGGGACAGGACAAUGCUCAAGAUUGUUGUGGAGAAUGUGGAUGAGCCCCCUGUCUUCCUCUCACAGGUCUACGAGUGGAAAGUUCCUGAAAAUGCAGCUGUGAGAACUGUGGUUGGCAGUGUUAGUGCCAGAGACACUGACACAGUCAACAAUCCCAUCAGAUAUUCAAUUGACAAAAGGAGUGAUACCACAAAAGCUUUCAAAAUAGACCCAAACAAUGGAACUAUAACAGUCGCUAAAGCUUUGGACCGAGAGAUUUCAAACUGGCACAAUGUGACUGUUGAAGCCAAGGAAACAACGCAGAACCAUUUAUCCUCCUCUGUGGUGGUGUUCAUCAAAGUGCUGGACAUAAACGACAAUGUGCCAAGGCUUGCAAGAGAUUACCAGCCAUAUAUCUGUGAGGGAACGCAGGCGGGAAAACUCAUUCAGCUGCUCAGUGCUGUUGAUCCUGAUGACCCUGUGGAGGGACACCACUUCUACUUCUCUAUGGUUCCUGAGAAGCACAUCAAUCCAAACUUCACUAUCAGAGAUAAUCAAGACAAUACAGCCAGCAUCGUUGCACGCAGGAGUACUUUUACCCGCAAGGAUCGAACCCAGUACCUCUUGCCUGUUGUGGUGACAGAUAGCGGCUCUCCAGCUCUCUCCAGCACCAGCACUUUGACCAUCAGUGUGUGCAGCUGCCAGCCUGCCGGCCAUUGUCCCACAGGGGGGGUGGAGGCCCUGGCUAUGUCUAUGGGGGUCAGCCUGCAAACCUUCUUAGGGCUUCUGGUCUGCCUGGUCACACUCACAGUGCUGUCAAUACUAAUGCUGAUGGUGAGGAGACACAGGCGGAAGCAGCAGGAGGGACUGGAGGUGGAGGUGAAGGAUCUGGAGCUGCCUGAGACGGUGUCGCAGAAGGUGUUGUAUUAUGGAGAACCUGGGGGUGGAGGAGCAGAUCUGGACUUCUGCCAGCCCGUCGUCCCACUGCGCCCCCACCCCAGGAGGAGGGAGAGGAGGCUGCGGAGGGAGGAUGUCAGGGCCAGCAUACGAAUGUCCCUCAGAGAGUCCCACCUCAUCGGGCCCGAUGACGAGGUCUUCAGGCAGUUUAUUAUGGACAGGCUCAUAGAGGCUGAUCUGGAUCCUUACGUUCCCCCGUUCGACUGCCUAAGAACCUAUGCAUAUGAGGGGUCAGGGUCUCCCACAGGGUCCCUGAGCUCACUAGAGUCAUCUACUUUGGAGCUUGGACCUGAGCAACCUGUUUGUGAUCCCAGACCCUACUUGGUUAGACUUACCCCUUGGUAUGGGGUAAGAGAUGAAGACACCAUCUUCUGAGGGCCAUUUGUUCUUCUUCUUCUUAAAUGGCUGUUCUUAUCAUCUUCGCAUGAUGGACCAGUUCAGUGCAUUUCCACUGACAUGAAGGUGGAAAACAAAAAUUUUGUGUCAAGAACUGCACUUAAAGAAAAGGUUCAUCAUUUUGGAAAAUACACUUAUUCCUUUUUUGCCCGGAGUUAAAUGAGAUGAUUGAUACCACUCUCACGUCUGUACGGUAAAUAUAAAGCUACAGCCAGCAGUUGGUUAGCUUAGCUUAGUUUAGCUAAGCAUAAGACCCUUUCAUUGGAGGUCUGGGUUCAGAGGUGCUGGUAGGUUGAUUUAUGUACUUUCUUCUUGCUAGCUGUUUCCCCGUUUCCAGUCUUUAUGCUAAGCUAAGCUAACUGGUUGCUGGCUGUAGCUUCAUAUUUAUCGCACAGUAACUCUCAGAAAGGAAGCAAAGUAUAUUUCACAAAAUUUCUAACUAUGCCUUUACAGAUAAAAUCAACCCUUAUAUAAUUUGUUUUUAAAUUCUGUGUAUAACUGUUCAAACAUGGAUUACAUUAUUUCAUGUUACAGUGUUUCAGCUACAAUGGAGUUUGAGAGCAUUUAUAUUUAUGUAUGUCUAAUAUGAGUGAUUAUGUUAGGCUUUGUCUCAGUGCCUUAAAAUCAAAGGGCCAAGAUUUCCCGCUAUACUCGCUCUUAUGCAACAAUCACGUCAUCCAUUGUAUGUCUUCUAUAUCAUACAUCUGUUGUAGAAGGGGCAGAUAUAUAUUUUUUUGUAUAAAUGCUAAAAACGACUUUCCUGACAAGCGCCUUCUUGUGGUGUUGCAAACAUUUUAGCAGCAAUUGCCUUUUUACACAUCCAGUGGACAUAGAGAAAUUUAAGCAUAUGGUCAUUUAUAGUUCAGUAUUUGCUUGCUUUCUUCUAGCUCUGUUUUGUUCUCCACCAACUCCUCUGAAGAAUUAUAUGGCUCCUUAGCUGGUAGCUGUGCCACUAUAUUUAGCAAGGAGCUUUGCUGCAGCUGGAAAAUAGGUUGUUGAGAGCAGGUGUUGUCUUUUGGAAAACCAAAACGAUGAGUGUAGAGGGGCUAAACCAUUCUUCAAGCUGAGGGGAAAUGCAAAGUCGGUGACAGCUCUCUGUUGUCCCCUGUCGACCCCUUAACAUUGCACAUCAUUGACAUUUGAUCCAUUGUUACCAUAAAAUAAUAUGUAUUCAUAUAGCUUUAACCAAAUACUUAUGGCCUUGACUUCACCAGACUUGAAUCAAAAACAGUGGCAGAUCAGAAUGUAUAAUUCUAUAUAUAGGUUGAUUUUUAAGGCAUUGGCACACAACCUAUAGACAGGUUACUGCAUGCAAAACUUCACUUUCUCUUGGCUGGAUGAACUUUUAUUUGUUUACUGUUUCCUUGCUUCACCCACACUGAGGCACAGGCACAGGUUAGUCUAUGCCACUAAAAGUCAAUUUGGCAGAUGUUUGGAACUCACAAUCUUAGGUACAAGUAGUAAAAGCAUCUUGGGAGAAAUUGGGUACACCAAAAAAGUAAAUUACUGUCACUGAGAACAUGGUAAGAAUAUGCAAGGGAGGGUUUCUUAAAGAGUGCAACAAUGUGAUUCAUGGUUUAAUCAUUACAGUUAUUACAGUGUGACAAUAUUACUCUGUAUAAUACCUACAGUAUUACUGACCUGUGAAAUUUAAAUUUCUGAUACCAUUUAUAACAUUAUUCAGUUCUUAUCAUGUUACUGUUUUAUAUUUGGCAUUUUGGUUUGGUUGAGUAACACUUCAUACUGUAUGUGUAUUUGUAUUUUACAUUUUGAAAUUAUAUAAAUUAAUGUAUACUCCCUUGGGUAUGUGUGUGACAACAUAUUUUAUUAAAUGGAAAUUUUGUUUCUUUAAUUAUUAUUCUCACAGAAAUUAAAGGUCAUACAGAGAGUA